AUGACCCGUGAACAAACCCUCACCACUCCAGAUCUGCCCAAGCCUCGCACCCGUCGGCGGCACCAGAAAAGUCGGGCGGGAUGUGGUAUCUGCAAGAGGCGGAAAAUUAAAUCAAACAAUUUUGCGAUUAAGCAUUCCGCUAAAUCUAGACAUCGGGACAAUCAGUGCGAUGAAGGAAAGCCUUGUUGCGCCAAUUGUGCAAGACAUGGCGUCGAGUGUGACUUUUCGCGGUCGAUAGCAACUCCCCCCUCUAAAUCGCCGGUGAACCGGACCCGGAUAUCGACCUCCGACAACGCCGUUAUUCCGGACGGCUUCGACGGAGGGACGUCUGGCCGGAUUCCCGCUCUUGAAUCCAUCCACCUGGAGCUUCUGCACAAUUUCACUACGCUAACCAGCCAAACUCUCUCCGGAGACCCGGUGCUCAAGAACCUCUGGCGCAUCAACGUGCCCAAGGUUGGAUUUGGUCAUGACUUCGUGAUGCGCAGCAUUUUCGCCCUAUCAGCGUUGCAUAUGUCCCUCUUCGCCACCGAUAAGCGGGAGUUCUACCUCAAUAUUGCUCGGUCUGAACACGGCGCUGCCCUCCGUGAAAUCUCUUCUGUUCUCUCGCAUGUCACUGCCGAGAACUGCUCCGCCAUCUAUAUCGCCGCAACCUUGACCUUCCUCUACGCGUGGGCCUGUCCCCGCCAGCCCGGCGACUUCUUCCUCGUUAGUAACUCCGGCGUAGCUGAGUGGGUCUUUCUCAUGCAAGGGAUUCGAAGCAUAUCCGAAUCAUGGGCAACAGAACUUCGUCAAGGCCCAUUCAGUCCCAUGUUCCGGCUUGGCCACAGCCGCAUGCAAUAUGGAAGCGGAGAUUACCGGACGUCAACGGCCUGGCUUUCGAGCGUCGAACACGCGCAACUGAUGUACUUGCGACGGACCGUCAUGCAAGCCACCUCAGAUACCCAGGCCGCUGCCGUCUACCAGGAGAAUAUUGAAAACCUUGAGGCGAGCUUUGCUCUGUCCUAG